GUCCCAAUUUGUUCAGGUAACAACAACAGCUCACAGUCAUCGUAUCAUCACAUCGUAUCGCAUCGUAAGCCACCGCCGUGUCCAGGCCCGGGUGCGAAUGGUCCGUCGCCACCCCUACCCCACGACCCCUACCCUUACCCCUACAACCAUAAUCACAACCACCACCCACACCCUCACCCUCAUGCCUCACCCCAAAUCUACGCCAACUAUCAAGUGAUCGCAUCGUCUCCAUCGCAUCGCGACGCAAACAACCUGCAGCUACAUAAACUUUCGGAUGACGGUCUCAGAUAUUCAGCUGCAUCAGGCGGAUCAGCUGCUUCAUCCGUGCAAAUGAAGCAGUCCAGAUAUGCGGAAUCUGGCUAUAUUUCGGCAGCGACCACAUCAAAGACCUCGCCAAACGGCUCGUCGACGGCCGAUUUGAACAGUGGAUCACAGUUAUCGUUGGCUUCGUCGUCUGGAUCAGUCUAUUCGACGAUGGAAGAGCGUUAUGAGGCCGAGAUCAGGAAGUUGAAUCGUGAGAUGGAAUCCUAUAGGCAGACAAUAUCGAAGCUCACCGCGAAACAUGAUGGCUACAAUCAUUUGAUUCAGUUGUUCGACAAUAAACUACAUCAGAUGGCCAAGCAUGUGGAGAAUCUGCAGAAUAAAUCGCAGUUCAAGAAAGAAGAAGUGGUAAAGCUACGAUCGGAAAUCGAUGAUCUACGUGUGAUGAGCAUUACGGCGGCUGGAGNGGCUGGAGUGAGUCUUACCGCACCCGCAGCAGCUGCUCCCCUCCAAGUGGGUGGUGGCCAAACUUCGGACUGUGCUCAGCAUCGAAAAUGCUCUACACCUCAGCAAACGGUAGAUGGCGCAGGUGAGCUGCUCAGGCAUCCAUCACUGGAGAGUUUGACGAGUCAUCGUUCGUCGAUGAGUUCGUCGAGUAAGGGCAGUAAAACNAGCAGCAGAAACGGAGUUGGUUCUCUAUCGAAAGCGUUCACGAAGGGUGGUGCUAAGAAGAGUGGGAAGAGUGGCCAAGGCCAUGGCCUGGGCUCAGCAGCAUCGGACAGCGCCGACUCGCAAAGCCUAGGGGUGAUACACAACGGAUCAGCAUCGAAACAGAACCCUAGUGCAACGAACGGAAGCAGCAAUCGGUUGACUGAGCUGGAUUCAACACCUCAGUUGGUCGAGUUGAAGAAGCAGCUGGAGGAUAAAGAUUCCGCGUUAACGGACGUUAGACUGGACGCACUGGAUAAGGCACGUGAGGUGGACAUCCUCAGGGAGAUGAUUAACAGAUUAAAGAAUGAGAAUAAGCUGCUGAAGCAAAACUUUGUGAUGCUCGAACGUCGUGUACGUACCGAUAGCCGUACCAGCUCCCAACAGUCUCUAUCGGCCGUGACCGAUCCCGAAGACCCGGUCUAUGAGGUGCCUCCACCCAAUGAGCCGCUUACUGCUGCUGCUGCUGCCCAUUCGGCAGUACCGACGACGAGUUGCGUUCGGGUGAGUGUGAGUGUGGAAUUAAGUGGUGUGAUGCAGCGAACGGGCAGAUGCGCGAAUGAAAUAUCCAUUGGGUCAAUCCCCUUGCCGAGCCAAAACACCACGUGGAUGCAGCUGGACGCGUCCAUUCGCCAUUUAUUUAAGCAUUAUAUUCAACGUGUUGAUCCAAAUGGAGUGUUGGGUCUGGAGAGUGAUCAGGCAAUAAUUGGCUACGAAUUUGGUGAUUUCAUACGCGAUAUUGAGACGGCCUCAGCACCUGCACCAAAACCGAUAGAUGCAAUUGGGCGUAAUACACAGCUGAGGAUCUUUUUGAGAGGUGUGGCACAACGAUGUCUAGAUGGUCUCAUAUUGGAUUGUCUAUUCCCGAGAGUCGUCCUGGAACAACUCCUCAAUAUUCUCCUCGAGCAUCGACGUCUGAUAUUGUUUGGUGCCACUGGUAUUGGCAAAUCGAAUCUGGCACGUCAGCUAGCCAAAUAUAUCAGUUUGAAAAUUUGUUCCGUGAAAGAUGACUGCAACAGUGGAAUUGAGACGACUGCAGGAACGAGUGUGGCUGCUCAAGAGUGUGUUGUAGAGAUCAAAAUUGGUGAUGAGGAACCCGAUAGGAACAUGGCACAGGUGCAAAAGCAACUGGAAUCACUAUUACGAUGCCCCAAGCCGAAUGUCAUUCUCAUCGAUAACAUUCAACGGCAUCGUAUCGCCCUACUAAGCGCCUCGUUCAGUUCAGUGGAUACACCCGCAAAACAAGGACCUUACGUCAUAUGUACGGUCAACAGGGCAUCGCAGUUACCCGAAAUGCAGAUGCAUCACAACUUUCGGAUGUUCCUUUUACCCAACAACGUGGAUUCGAUACGAGGCUAUAUGGGCUGCUUUUUGCGUAGACGUAUCUUAGAGGGUGAAUUCCAUGACGGCGACCAUGCAGAGGAGGAUAUCUACCGUGUUAUCGAGUUCCUGCCCAAUGUAUUGGCAUCAGUCAAUGCGUUCAUCGAAAAGUCGAACUCGCGUGAUGUGACCAUUGGUCCACGUCUGUUUCUGCAGUGUCCACUGGAUUUGGAGCAGUCAAGGGAGUGGUUUAUUAAGUUGUGGAAUCAUAUGAUUAUCCCGUAUAUGGUCAAAGUGGCUAAAGAAGGCGUAAAAGUCUUGGGACGGUGUGGCUCAUUUGAGGACCCCACCGAUCUGGUGUGUGAACAGUGGCCAUGGCUGGAGGGUGAGGCAGCCGAGGAGGUCUUGAAGCGAUUAUCGAUCAAGGAAUCGAUCGAUCAGCAAGAUAGCAGAAGUAGUAACUAUUCGAGUAAUACAAACAACGGCAGUAUCCAGCAGUUCGACCCGCUGGAGGCUCUGAUCAGGAUCCAGUCGAAUAAUGCAUCGUCUUCAUCAUCGUGUUCGAAUGCUUCAACACAACAGCAACAACAACGAGUUGUCUAG